AUGAGUACCAAACGCAAACACGAAUCCGAAAACGAAGACGCUCCCGAACCUUUUGAAAGUUCCGGAGACGAGUGGGAUGGUCAGGCGGGAAGAAAGCCCGCCAGGGUGGUUAAGAAAGCGAAGCGAGUAGCGGAAGACAGUGAUGAUGAAGAAGAUAAAGAUGAGGGGGAAUUUUCAGAGGAAGAACCAAAAGGCAAAAAGGCCGGCCCCAAGGGCAAGGAUAAUGAAGAUGGCGAGGGGUCUGAUGGGGAUUUCAAAGGAGAGGAGCAGCCACAAAAGAAAAAACCUGGACAAAAGAAAGCUGCGACUAAACCCGCAGCUAAAUCUUCAGCUAAAGCCGCUACCAAUGAAAGUGAAGGUGAAGAAGACUCUUCUGAAGAGGACAAUUCAGAUAAUGAAGGUUCAUCUGGUUCUGACAAAUCGAAAACUAUACAACCCCUUCCAAAAACAAUUUAUUCUGAAGAUUUUGCAACCGACUCAUUCGUCAUACUCAAAAAAGAUAUCAAAGGUGGACCUCAAGCGCGUCCAGUCAUUUGGAAGAUUGAUGGAAAAGCAAUAUUGCAAAAAUUUGAAGCAUUUGAUGAGGGCGAUAAAGUCCAACAUAGAAUCACUCCUAUUUACACUGGUUGGUCUCCCUUGGACCGAGAGCUUUAUGCCCCCCUCAAAGUUGAUGUGAAAUCUCAAUUCAAGAGUAAUUUGGAGGUUGUGGAGGUGCACUGGAACGAAUUGAGUGCUGUUGAUGAUAGUGAUUAG